AUGGCUAGUGGUGUGCCAGCUACUGGCCAUGGAUAUGUGGGUGCCGGACUUCGUUUCCGGCAUCAACUCAGUGAACCGGGUGGUGGUGUGGAUCCAGCUCCAUUGUCUCCCUCUAGAAAACUAGGAGGACACUCGAUCCUGGAUAUCGUGGCGGCGGCUGGCCAGCUGCUGGCCCUAUAUUGCUUCACCGACCAGCUUCAGAAACUCAGAUGGGCAAUUGGGGAUGGGCGGACUAUUAAUGUUCUGAAGGACAUAUGGCUGACAGAGCAACCAUUCGGCUGGUGGCCUACCAUGAUUGACCCAGGGUGCCUUGCCAGAUGUAAAGUCUGUGAUCUGAUUGUCCUAAAGGACAGAAGAUGGAAUGAGGGUCUUGUUCGUCGUGCCUUUGGGGAUCCGUUGGCUGAGAGGAUUUUGGCAGCAUCUAUACCCACAAAGGAGACCGCAGAUAGGAGGGAAGCGUCCUUCUGGUGGUCAUAUAGAGAGAUGGUCUGGGGAAAGGAUGGGACCAAUGGCUCCACAAGGAGUGAUGUCGACUCCUCCAUGGAUACCGGGCAUGCUCGCCUCCACGAGCUUGGCUACAAGCAGGAGCUCAAACGCGAUCUCUCGGUGUUGUCCAACUUCGCCUUCUCAUUUUCGAUCUUAUCAGUGCUCACUGGUAUCACCACCCUUUACAACACCGGUCUGAAAUUUGGAGGGCCUGUAGCCAUGACAUUCGGGUGGUUUAUCGCUGGGUUCUUUACAAUGAUUGUUGGCCUUUCGAUGGCGGAAAUCUGCUCAUCAUACCCGACAUCUGGCGGUCUGUACUACUGGAGUGCUAAGCUAUCGAGGAACAAGUGGGGCCCAUUUGCUUCAUGGAUUACUGGCUGGUUUAACAUUGUUGGACAGUGGGCAGGCACUACUAGUAUAGAUUUCUCACUUGCACAACUAUUGCAAGUAAUUAUCUUACUUAGCACUGGUGGAAACCAUGGAGGAGGAUACCUGGCUUCCAAGUAUGUGGUCAUCGGGUUUCAUGGGGGGAUUCUGCUGAUUCAUGCCAUAAUAAACAGUCUGUCAAUUACCUGGUUAUCUUUCUUUGGACAGCUUGCAGCUAUCUGGAAUGUCUUAGGUGUCUUUGUCCUUAUGAUCCUUAUACCAGCUGUUGCUACUGAGAGGGCCAGUGCAGAUUUUGUGUUUUCUCAUUUCAACACCGAAAAUGAUGCUGGAAUCCACAGCAAACUAUACAUUUUUGUUUUGGGACUCUUGUUAAGUAUAUACACAUUGGCAGGAUAUGAUGCAUCUGCUCAUAUGACGGAGGAAACUAAAAACGCAGAUAAGAAUGGACCAAAAGGAAUAAUCAGUGCCAUUGGCAUAUCAAUCAUUACAGGCUGGGGCUAUCUGCUUGGCAUCACAUUUGCAGUUAAGAACAUUCCAUAUCUUUUGAGCACUGACAAUGAUGCUGGAGGUUAUGCAAUUGCAGAAGUUUUCUACCUUGCCUUUAAGAGUAGAUAUGGCAGUGGUGUAGGUGGCAUCAUUUGCUUGGGAAUUGUUGCUGUUGCUAUAUUUUUUUGUGGUAUAAGCGCAGUGACAAGCAACUCUAGGAUGGCAUAUGCAUUCUCAAGAGAUGGAGCAAUGCCGCUAUCAUCAUUGUGGCAUAAAGUGAACAAGCAAGAAGUACCAUUAAAUGCAGUUUGGCUCUCAGCAUUUAUAUCUUUCUGUAUGGCUUUGACGUCUCUUGGAAGCUUAGUGGCAUUCCAGGCUAUGGCGUCAAUAGCUACAAUUGCACUCUACAUUGCUUAUGCUUUGCCCAUCUUCUUCCGGGUGACCGUAGCACGCAAAUCUUUUGUUCCAGGCCCCUUCAACCUCGGCAGGUAUGGGAUACUAGUGGGUUGGGUUGCUGUCCUCUGGGUUGCAACAAUCACGGUACUAUUUUCGCUUCCUGUUGCUUAUCCCAUAACCAAGGAUACUCUCAAUUACACUCCAGUUGCUGUGGGUGGCCUAUUCAUCCUCACAGUGUCAUCAUGGAUUCUGAGUGCAAGACACUGGUUCAAAGGCCCCAUAACAAAUAUAGAUACAUGAAUGGAGAAGAGGUGUUAUUUUGUAUUUGUGAAGCACAUGAAUGAAGUAUUAAUUGCUUAAAUUGUCUCCUCCUUUGAUGUACCUGAUUGUGUAUUUGGUGUUCCAAGUUAGGAUUUCCAUGAUCUUAUUUUGCUUUUCAUGGUUCCUAAGCAGCAGCUGUUUCAGGGACAGGAAACCUCAAAUGUGAAUUAUAUCCACAUCAGAGAGA